UUUUACUGAUACUAACCAUAUUUAUUUCGAAAGUAUUAUAGACUAGUCAAGAUUUUUGGGUAUUUUUAAAAUUAUUUGGUAGAUUUAUUUUACAAAAAUGAACAGAGUGGCUUCAAGUUCUGUUAAAUAUUUGAGCAGUUUCAAAAGUCUAAGAUGUUUAAGGCCAUUUAGCAGCGCUAGCAAGCCUGAUGGGCCCCUUUUUCCGCACAAAGAUGAUUUUCCCAGCAGGCAUAUUGGACCUAGAGAUAGUGACAUUAUUGUUAUGCUUGACACUAUUGGCUUUAAGAGUCUAGAUCAACUUACUGAACAAGCUGUGCCCAAAAACAUAUAUCUAGGAAAGCCUCUUGAUAUUGAAGAGCCUACUAGUGAAUACGAAUUAAUAAAUAGAAUAAGAUCAGUUGCGGAAAAAAACAAAAUAUGGAGAUCUUACAUUGGCAUGGGUUAUCACAACUGUUGCGUUCCUCACACCAUUAUGAGAAAUAUUUUCGAAAAUCCUGGAUGGACUACCCAGUAUACGCCUUACCAACCUGAAGUUGCCCAAGGACGGUUAGAGGGCCUCUUAAACUACCAAACAAUGGUCUCUGAGCUUACAGGCUUAGAAGUAGCAAAUGCUUCACUUUUAGACGAAGGCACUGCAGCAGCUGAAGCAUUAUCGCUAUGCUAUAGGCAGAAUAAAAGAGGAAAACUGUUGGUUUCGGACAAAUUACAUCCGCAAACGAUUUCUGUUGUACAAACCAGGUUAAGCUCUUUGGGGCUCCAAGUGGAGGUGGUGAACGUUUUUGAAUCAGACUUUUCAAAUCAUGAUGUUGCUGGUGUUUUGUUCCAAUAUCCAGACACUGAAGGCAAUGUUGAGGAUUUCAGUGCUGUAGCUGAAAGUGCACAUGCUAAUGGUACUCUAGUGUGUUGUGCCACAGAUCUUCUAAGUUUAACACUUCUUAGACCUCCAAGUGAAUUUGGGGCUGACAUAGCAAUAGGUACUUCACAAAGAUUAGGUGUACCUUUAGGUUAUGGUGGUCCGCAUGCAGGAUUUUUCGCUUGCAAUCAAUCUUUGGUACGUUUAAUGCCUGGAAGGAUGAUUGGUGUUACAAGAGAUGCUGCUGGACGUGAUGGAUAUCGUUUAGCUUUGCAGACCAGAGAACAACACAUAAGAAGAGACAAGGCCACAAGUAACAUUUGCACUGCCCAAGCGUUGCUUGCAAAUAUGUCAGCAAUGUUUGCUGUUUACCAUGGACCACAAGGAUUAAAGGAUAUUGCCACAAAAAUACAUCAUUCUGCUUUGGUUCUUCAUCGCGGGCUUGCAAAAUCUGGCAAUACCCUUACCAAUGAAAUAUUUUUUGACACUUUACGAAUCGAGCCAACAUCAGACAUUGAAGACAUCAAAACCAGAGCUGCAGAAAAACAAAUAAACUUCAGAUAUUAUGAAGACGGAACUGUAGGGGUGGCUCUGGAUGAAACAGUCACCCCCAAAGAUAUCGACGAUAUCUUCUUUAUCCUGGGAAGCUCUGAAAAAUUCACAAACUUACUUGAAGACCCUUUGGUCAGAGCCAAAGCAAUUUACAAAAGCGAUUUCAAAAGAACCUCGCCGUUUUUAACUCACCCAGUAUUCAAUUCUCACCAUUCCGAAACUAGAAUUGUACGCUAUAUGAAAGUAUUAGAAAACAAAGACAUUUCUUUGGUGCAUUCGAUGAUACCUUUAGGCUCCUGCACCAUGAAGCUAAACUCUACCACUGAAAUGAUGCCAUGUUCCUUCAAGCAUUUCACUGAUAUUCACCCUUUCGCUCCUUUAGAUCAAUCUUUAGGCUAUCAUCAACUAUUUGCUGAGCUAGAAAAAGAUUUAUGUGCCAUUACUGGUUACGACAAAAUCAGUUUUCAACCAAACAGUGGAGCUCAAGGAGAAUAUGCAGGCCUAAGAGCUAUCCAUUGUUAUCAUGAAGCUAGAGGCGAUAAGCAUAGAGACGUUUGCCUGAUACCUGUCAGUGCUCAUGGAACUAAUCCAGCAAGUGCUCAAAUGGCUGGAAUGCGAGUGGAACCGGUACGAGUUAAACAAAAUGGUACCAUUGACGUCGAGGAUUUGAAAAUGAAAGCCGAAAAAUUCAGGCAGCGAUUGUCUUGUUUAAUGAUUACUUACCCUUCGACUAAUGGGGUGUUUGAAGAUACUGUGGCAGAAGUUUGCGACAUAACUCAUAAAAAUGGCGGUCAAGUUUACUUGGAUGGUGCCAACAUGAAUGCUCAAGUUGGACUUUGCAGGCCUGGCGAUUACGGCAGCGACGUUUCACAUUUGAAUUUACACAAAACAUUUUGCAUACCCCAUGGAGGUGGUGGUCCAGGCAUGGGUCCGAUAGGAGUUAAAUCUCAUUUGGCUCCGUUUUUACCUGGACACCCUGUGGUGAAUCCUUUGGGUGCCAAUUCCACAUCUUACGGAGUAGUCAGUGCAGCACCGUUCGGUUCUAGUGCUAUCCUACCAAUAUCGUGGGCUUACAUUAAAAUGAUGGGCCCUAGAGGCUUGAGAAAAGCUACUCAAGUAGCUAUUUUGAAUGCCAAUUAUAUGGCUAAAGUUUUAGAGAAUCAUUUUCCUACGUUAUUCAAAAGUGCCAGCUCUAAUUUGGUAGCUCACGAAUUUAUUAUUGAUAUAAGAGAGUUUAAAAAGACUGCUAACAUAGAGGCUGCUGACAUAGCUAAACGUUUGAUGGACUAUAGUUUCCAUGCACCAACAAUGUCUUGGCCAGUUCCUGGCACUUUAAUGAUAGAACCAACUGAGUCUGAGGACAAGCAAGAGCUGGAUCGGUUUUGUGAAGCUCUAAUAUUCAUCCGACAAGAAAUUAAAGAUAUUGAAGAGGGUAGAAUGGAUAUCAGGGUGAAUCCUUUGAAGAUGGCGCCGCAUACGCAAGAACAAGUAAUUAGCAGUACGUGGGAGAGGCCAUAUACAAGAGAACAAGCAGCUUUUCCAGCGCCAUUUGUGAAACCUGAAUUGAAAGUUUGGCCGACAGUUGCUAGAAUUGAUGAUAUUUAUGGCGAUAAGCAUUUAGUGUGUACUUGUCCACCUAUUUUGGAUCAAUAUAAUUAUUAAAAUUCGGUUAUGUUUU